AUGUUCAUGAAGAGUUCGUUUCUCCGCCAGUUCAGGAAAGAAGAAACUUCAUUGAAUCCGGUUGGAUUCUCAGAGCCAUCUCGAAUUGACAGUAAAAAGCCGUCCUCCUUGAUUUGGAAAGGGCUGGAAGAUGGAAACGCAAGUUCAACCUGUGAUUUAGAUGACGAUGACUAUUUUGAGAGUGAUCAGUUUAUCUCUUCUAAUGAGACCAACUUGUCUACGUCUUCAAAAACCAACUGGAGUGAUAAUAAAUGGAGCAAAAUGCUUAAAUUUGGUGAUGAAUCCAAGAAAAGAGAUACAGUUCAGUUUACUCCAGAAUCACCCAAGAUAAUCAAUUUGCGAAAUGCGUCGCAGAAACCACACGUUAACAAGCCUAUCAUUUCUUUAGAUAGUUUUGAUCACGCUAGACCCCAUUCUCCGCUAGAUGACAUGGCAGUUCCGAAAAAAGCUCCAGAAUCGCCAAUGUUGAAUUUUCUCAGCAAAAAACCUAGUGCCUCUUUUAUGCAAUCACCAGACGCACAUAAUGUCUCAACCAGCUCUGAGGAUUCCGUUUACUUCCAUCAAGCCUCCAAAAUAUGUCAAGAUUAUACGGGAGAGGUGAAGACCCACCCUGACAAAGUUCAUGACAAAGCAGUCACUGAGUUUUCAGUUGAAGAUAAAUCAGACACAUUAUGCGACAAUCUCAAGUUUUUGUACAAGCGCUUAAGACAAGAGGCGGAAAAUCUUGAGACAUGGAAGUGUUGUACCAUAUCAAAAUUAGAGGAAAAAUGUCUAGAUCUGCAGUCCUAUGAAUCACUUGUCGAAAACUUGCGAAAGGCAAACCUUGAGCUACAAAUGAAUAUGGAAACCGUUAGUUUAAAAUAUAAAGAUGAGUUAGCUGUAAGAGAAAAAUUGGCUGAACAGCUUUCAGCCAUCAAGCAGCAGUGCACAACAUUGGAGCUCAAAGCCGAAAAAUUAAUGGAAGCAAAUCUAACAAUUAAGAGCAAGUUUUGUCAAUCGGAAAUCGUACAUAAUUCUCUCCUGUCUAUAUUUAAGACGAUAAAAGACAACUUCAUUGAGCAUUCAAACAAAUGUUCAGAUAAAUUUAAAGAAUCAGAAAAAUUAGUUACAGGUAAGAUAUUGGAUCUGGAAACACUACAAAAAUCAAAUAUUGCAAUGGACGAAAAAAACGAAAUAUUGAAAGAUGAGCUUCUUCAUUGGCAACAAAAGCAUCACAACGAUAUAGUUCAGCUGCAAACUGAGAUUGAUCAGCUUAGCACUGAAAACAUUGAGCUUAAGGAGUUGGAGAAAACCUUAAUGUGCACCAACGAAAGAAAUUUGUCACUGAUUAAACUCCUGGAAGAUGCUAUAGCAGAGGAAAAAAUAACUAGAGAAAACGCCGAAUAUACGCUGAAAAAUAACAGUAAAGAAACUGAUGAUCUCAGAGAUUUAGUUGAAAAGAUUAGAGACAAGAAUGUAUACGUAUUAGAAAUGUUAAAUACUCUUAACAAAAAGUUCAUUCAUCUUGAAAACAGGACAACGACGUUACGAAGCCACUUUAAAUGCUUUACUAACAGAAUAGAAAACAUGAUAGCUAAUUUAACUUCAUUUCAGAUUCGACAAAGAAACGGCAGAGAAGAAAUGGUCAUUAAUCUAAAAGAUGAACAGCAAAACAUCAGAAAGUUAGUCCAGAAAAUGAACGAAAGAUCGAUUGUUAUCCACAAGUUCGAAUCAAGCCUGUAUCACACAUGCGUUGAUUUAGUAAUGGAAAGUGAAAUCUCGAAGAUCGACAGAGAAAACCUAGUAAACCUAAACAGAAAGGUCUUUGAGUUGAAGAAAGAAAUAGAAUUUUACCAUAUAAGUGAAAACGCUCUGAGAGAUGCACUGAAAAAAUGUCAGAUCCAAAACGAAAAAUUGCAGAUUAACAACGGCUCAUUACACACACAGCUAAAUUGUGAAAGCCGAAAUUGCGCCAAAGCUAAUGAGAAUUGUUUAAAAGCUGAAGCUUUGGUCAAGCAUUUAGAAGAAAAAGCGUGUUCAAAUCAAAACGAAAUAAAAGACUUAACAGAAAGAGCAAGAGCAAUCGAAAAGGAACUAAAGGAAGAAAAACUAAGCUGUUCUAAGGUCAAAGAAACGCUUGAAAUUUACGAAAAAAAGUUCCACGAACUCAAAAUGAGCAAUGAAAAGAAUCAACAAGCUCUUGAUCAGGCGCGUAUUCAAAUAAAGGAAAAAGAAGAGUACCAUGAGGAACUGAAACGGCAGUUGGUUAAUCUUAAUCAAGAAAAGGAGAAAAGUAUUUUGAAGCAAAUUCAGCUUACUAAUAAUAUAAAUGAUGUGACGAUACAAUUAGAAUACUCACGACAAGAAAUUGGACAGCAAAAGUUAAGGGAAAAGCAUAUUCAAGAACAAAAUCAAAGACUGGAAAAUCACAAAAUCGAGCUACAGAAGCAAAAUGAAAGUAUUACAGAUGAACUGUUGUCUUUGAAAGAAAAAUUGAACCAGCAAGCUGAUGAAAUAAAACAGAAGCAAGAUGAAGUUGAAAGUUUAAAAGAGAUAAUUGAUCUUAAAAAUACUGAGAACUCCAAAAGCAGCAAGAAGGUGGAUAAAAAGCUAAAUGAAUCCAUGAAUCUUAUAGAAAAGCUUAGAGAACAGACCAAAGAACUGAAUCAGGAAAAGAAGGAAGUUCUAAAGAAGCUCAUGAAAAAAGAGCAAGAACUUAAGAAGCUGGAAGUAAAAGCAACAAAUCAAGAGAGAGAAUUGAGGGAGGCAAAUGAUGAAAAACAAAGGCUUCAUGAAGAACUAAGGAGAAUGAAACAGGAUCAAAUUGAACGAGAAACGAUCUUAGCAGAGAAUAACAGGGAACUAUUGAAACUUCGAUGUGUAGAAAAGGAAUAUCAGGAAUUUCAACAUCAAAUUUAUGCAAACUCUCCACCUGCUAGUACUCAGCUCCCGAAGGAAAUUCAUGAAAACGUGACUCAGACUCCCAAAUCACCAGCGUUAUCUUUGAAACGAGAUAAUUUGAAUAUGGCCGAAACGCCUACUAAAACCCCGAAGAGUAUAUUGAAACAACCAGGUUCAGCUACCAAACGUAGGAGAGUGUUUUUCGCUUCCCCUGAUUAUGGAAGCCUGAUGAACAACCAGAAAGAGCCAAGCUAUCAGAAUCAAGAAUGUGAAUUUCCAUUGUUUAAGAAAUUGAGCCCAUUCACAAUGAAUACACCUACAAUUCAAAACCUUCAAACACUUGACAAAGUGAGUAAUAUUCGGAAAACACCACGAAAAACUGGCCGUCAAAUCACAGAAGAAUUUUACAAGGUGGAUACCGAAAAAUCUUGGUUUGACUGUGAACAAAUCUUCGGUUACGGGGCAGAAGAUUAA